CCCAGUUUUCUUCUCUUCCCAAACGUUCUUCUACACGUCUCCUUCACCGCGCCAACAUCCCACCGAGCCGCCCUUUGCUGUCCGACAUCGCCACAGCCCAACCCGAUCCAUUCGACGCGUCGGUCUUCAAUUUUCAAGCUGACUUUCUUCCCCUGAUCACUCCGUCGGCAACGCGCCAUCGCUGCUGACCUCGCCAGGAAACCUCAUUCGGGCUCCUUGGACUACUAACUUAGCACGGCUGACAGCGUCGGCCACGUAGUGAGCGGGCAGGCACGCGCGUGGAGCGUCGGCCAAAGGCGGUGGCAGAGCGAGCAAACGGUCUCUGGAGUUGCGGGAUCCUGUUUCCACUCUCCCUCGUCUCAACUACAUCUUCUUGCCUGUACCUAAGGCUUCUGGGCCGAACAAAGGGGAAAAAACGUCAUCUCGCCCAUUGGGGAAGGCUGAAGCACAGAGCUUCGUCUUCGAUUUUACUUGGCUGAAGGAGAGGAGCACAUUGGUUUGGGCAUUCCAUCCAACCUCUUCCAUCUUGUCUGCGGAACGAGGAGUACGGUCCCUGUAUCUCGCAGACUAAAAUAACAACCCUGUUGCACCUACAACCAAGCUCGCUGCUUCAACUUACGGCUACCAGAUAUCAUCGUCAACAUGGCCGAGGAGGAGUUCGAGAUCGACAUCUACGGCGACGCGCCCCAAGACCAACAGGAUGGCAAUGCCGAGAACUAUGACGGGCAGCAGGCCAACGGCCACGCCGACGACCACCACGAACACCAAGAGCAUCAAGAGCAACGCGAGGACCAGCAGAAGCACGAUCACCAGACCCAGCAGCAGGAUGAGUAUAACGAGCAACAGGAUGCGCCCGCUCCUCAGCAGGGCGUGAAGAGGAAGGGCGACGACAGACCCGUCGACCCCGGUGCGACAACAGCCCUGAUGAUCUCGGAUCUCAACUGGUGGAACACCGACGACGAUAUUCGGGGCUAUGCCAGGGCCGCUCACUGCGAGGAUGAGAUGAAGGACAUCACGUUUAGCGAGCACAAGGUUAAUGGCAAGAGCAAGGGUCAAGCUUAUGUCGAGUUCACAACGCAGCAAGCAGCGACGGCCGCGAAGCAUGCCCUUGAAGCGACAGAUGGUGGGCAAGGUGUUCCCAAGAAGCACCAGGUCACCUACUCCAACCCCCACGUCAACCCGUUCCGGACGCUGCCUAAGGACGCGCCGAACCGCGCGGGCAAGGAACAGGGCAGCAGGCCCGGCAGCAACUACAACAGCCAAGGCCCACCCAUGGGCGGCGGCGAGUUCCGCGGUAACGGCUACCGGGGCCGCGGUGGUUUCAACGGCCCUCGCGGAGGUAUGAACCAGGGCGGAUUCAACCGCAACUUCUCGGGCGGUAUGGGAGGCGGCUUCAAUAAUAACAACAACAUGGGCGGUGGUUUCAACAACGGCAUGGGUGGCGGCAACUUCGGCGGCGGCGGCUUCCAGAGAGGCGGUGGUUUCGGCGGAGGCAUGCGCGGCGGCCCCGGAAUGCGCGGUGGGCGAGGCGGAAUGCACAACCCCAUGGGCGGUAUGGGUAUGGGCCCGAUGGGCGGUAUGCCGAUGGGAGGCAUGCCCAACAUGGGUAUGAUGGGUGGUGGUAUGCCCGGAUUCCAAGGCAUGCCGCAACAAUUUAACCCAGGAUUUUUCGGCGGAAACCAAGGUGGUGGGAACGAUUGGGGCAACCCUCACGGCGCAAAGCGACCCCGGCCUGAGUAGGUCCCACGGUCAGGACACUUUCUGCGACCCUAGAAACAUAGGAGGAGGGGAGGGCCUGGCAGAGAACCAUUGGAAGAGGACCGCGAAGGCCUUUCAUCGUUAUUUCCCGCACACCGCAAGAAGUGCUUUGCCUGCCAGACAAGACCUCGGAUUUAUGCUACUGGCAUAGUUUCGACUUUGUCGAGUAGCAUGAUCUACUCCCCGUAUAUUUGGAGAAAUUCCUGUCGGCCAAGAGGAUUUUCUUGUUGGGGGAUGCUGGGCCGAAUACCGAUUCUGACCCAACCCCUAGGCUGUGACGGCUAGACGGAACAAGACCUCACCAUGCCGAACGGUUCAGUUGGGGUACUGGUUAAAUUGUAUGUGUACUGUUAGAUUUUUAGCUGUGUGGGAACGGCACCAUGACAGCUCGGCAUCGGCGUUGUAGUUCAGAGUUCAUUCAAAAGCACCAAUCGAAUGUUGUCAUUUGUGACCUGGGUCUUCGCUU